AUGCUCGAAACCGAGCUCGGAUGUCGCCCGUUUGCUGCGCCGCUCCCCUGCGGCGGCCGGUUCACCCUCACCCUCAACGAGACCGAGGCUGGCGUGCUGGCGUCCUUCCUCGUCAUCUUCGUCGGCGUGGCGAGCCUCAGCGGCUGGAACAUCGUGCGCUUCUCCCUGCACCAGUUCCGAGCCACGGACAAACUCCACGACGGCCUCCAUCACCAGGCGCAGGCUAUCCUGCGCAACAGCGCCGGUCUUGUGCAGGCGCUUCACCUUCUUUUCCAGAUUGGUAGUGCCUGGCGCACACGCAUCGGUUUCGCCCGCGUCGCGCGACGUCUGGCGGGCAUCUUCUUGGCCGCGUUUCUCUUUUUGUCGGCUCGACAUGUGGGCUCGAGCCAGGCCGGCACGAUCUACGCUAAAAACCGGCUCGAGGCCGCCAUGGUCUAUCAGCGCAAGUGCUACGCCGACGGCGCGGAUAUUACGGCACCCGAGUGUGGCAACUACGCACAGCCCCGGAUCCCCAUACUUGUCGAGGACGAUGUCUGCCCGUUUGCUGACCCGGGCCUCUGCCUUACGACCAACACCGUACCUAUGCGGCUGUCCGUAAUGAUGGAUUCGAAUCUCGAUCUAGGCGUCAAUGCCGUGCCUGAGGACAGAGUUAGAUAUAAGCGAGCGGCACGCUGCUCUCCCAUCCAGAACAACCAGGUCAUGUUGGAUGGGGCAAAUAACACAUUGUUCAUGUAUGGGCCAAUGCCGUUCUUCCAAGGGGGCCAAGAACACACCUUUUCUUACCCCGCGAGCCUGCGGACCUUUGAUAACUACCGUGUCGCGGGAACCUUUUACGACUCGGCCGGAGUCCCGUAUGGCUACACCGAAUGGCUUGCCAAUAACACCAUUAUUGGAACCUCGACCGACCACAACAUUACCGCGUCCAUCCUCUUCCUGGCGACCAACGGCGUCGUAAAUAUCGUGCCCUCGAGCGAUCCCGUGUUCGGCGACAACGUGCUCGCCAACCCCGUCCAAGUGCUAGCCUGCAUCGAGGAACACGAAAUCUGCAACCCCACCCUGCCCCCUCCCACGAGUUGCAAAAGGUUCACGCCCUACGACGACCACGUCACCAUCUGUGACCGUCUCGGCAUGAACCCGCGCCAAAAUGCCACGGCGCUACGCAUCAUGCUCAACUCGAUAGGAUCCGAUAUCGGCAGCAUCGUACCCCUGGCCACGGGCGACGUCGUCGCGGCCGGACGCACCGUCUUUCAAGGCAAGCAGUACGAAACCCUCGCCGCCGACCACUGGCGCGAGGAGGUGAAGCGCUGGUUCGGCAUGGCCGUGUACCUCGCCCAGGCCGACGCCGUCGAGUCCUCCACUCCGCAGACGGACGCGCGGUUGCUAGGCUAUUUUAGCCCGAUCGUGAACCCCAACUUUGUCCGGGACUGCCGGAGCCAGAGGUACAGCAACGCCGCCGGGGUGCGCAACUUUGAUUUUCUCGCCAUCGUCGUCGUAUUCGCCGUCGGCGCCUCCGUCAUACUGAUUGCCACGUUGAUCGAGCCCAUCGCCGCGGCCCUGCGCCGUGCGCGCGGUGCGGACCAGGACAGGAUGCUGGCCUGGGUCUUUGACAGUACGCUGCAGCUUCAAAGACUCGCGUACGGCGCGGCCGGCGUGGGUAGCUGGCAGCCGGGCGUGAAGGAGGUGCCGACGAGCGACGAGAAAUUCUGGCCCGUCAUUGACCUGAAAGAGGUGGCCAUGGCGGAGUCGCGGCAAGACCUCGUGUCUGGCUAUAGUUGA